AUGUCGUCGUUUUCCGAUUACAUCGACCUUUCCCAGCAAAGCCUGCAAGUUUCUGCGUUGGCCGUCGCCUUCAAUCCCAUUUUCUGGAAUAUUGUCGCGCGACAGGAAUAUAACAACCACUUCCUAACCCGCAUAUUCGGAAGCCCAUACUAUGGCUGUUACUUCCUCGCCGUCACCAUCUUCUCCUUGGGAAUCUUCCGUGACCAUCUGUACUUGACUGCCCUGCAAGACCAGCCAUACUACGAGCCCGUGCACCAACCGUACAUUGCCUACGGGCUUUUCGCCGUCGGAAAUACCCUUGUCAUCUCGAGCAUGUGGGCUCUUGGUGUCACUGGAACUUACCUCGGCGACUACUUUGGCAUCCUGAUGGACGCCCCGGUCACCGGCUUUCCUUUCAAUGUGUCCGGCUCCCCCAUGUACUGGGGCAGCACGAUGAGCUUCCUGGGGACUGCGCUGUACUACGGUAAAGCCGCCGGUUUGCUUUUGACUCUGGAGGUUUUUGUCCUCUACUGGUUUGCUUUGAAGUGGGAGGACCCCUUCACCGCGGAAAUCUACGCCAAGCGCGAGCGCGAGAGGGCGAAGAGCGCAAAGAGCUCCUAA